AGCUCAAAUAAGUAACGCAAAAACGAUUUUCCCUGUAAGAUCUGUAGUCAAAUAUCCGUUUCAUGCCAUGUGGGUUCCAAGUGGUAGGCGUGUUCAUUGAACAAAUCGAGGGUGCUAUGUAACACGCAGUCCAAAUCCAGGUUCGAGAGGAAAAAAGUGAAAUACUACGAAGUAAAUUGCACCAUUCAAACAAGAUGACUCAUCUUCCCGAAGGUGUCAAAGAACUGCCCGUGCCGAGGUCCAUCCAACCGGUGGCCUGGCUUCUGGGCAAAUGGCGUUGCGAGAAAGCUUAUGGAUCCUACCCCACCAUUCAGGAUUUUACGUACGGUGAAGAAAUAGCUUUCUGGAAUGUGGGCCAACCCAUGCUGAACUACAACUCAUUCUCUUGGCACACCGAGAAGUUCACACCCAUGCAUCAAGAGUUUGGCUUCCUUCGCCUCAAACCCGAAUCCCAGGAUGUGUCCCUCCUGGUUACCCACAACUUUGGUUUAACUACCGUUGAAGAGGGCCAGAUCGGAGACAUUGCAUUAAAAUUUGAGUCCAGGAACAUUGGUCGAAUGAGCUUUGCUAAAGACCCAAAUGUGCUCAAGUUGGUGCGAGAGUUCUCCUUGGAAGGCGAAAAGCUGAAACAAGUCAUUUUCAUGGCGACCACCAACACACCCUUGACCAAACAUUUGGAAGCCGUAUACGAGAAGAAGACAAAUCAAUAACUCUGAAUAGCAACACUUACGUAAUGACAGAAUUUGAGAGCUUGAGAACUUGAGUGUGUUUCUUUUAGGCACCAUAUUUCCAGACAGUGCUUUGGACCAUUUCAAAUUGAUCGAUUUUAACCGCAAACGUACAAUAUUAAAAAAAAAGAUGUAUCAAUUGGGGAGAAGGUAUCUUUUGAUCCAUCACAAUCUAUUGAUGGAAAAAAAAAUAGUCUGCUGACAUUUGUAAAACUCGCCCGACCAAUAAUAACGUUGAUGAAUAAACUUGCAUUGUAUAAACGGC